AGUAUACUUUUCCACGCUGCUUCUCUCUUUUGACCCCCGCAACCACGAGCCCCGCAUGGUGGCCAUCCUUUUCGCCACAGGUAGAUUGCCAUCUCGUGUGGUUUCAGCUAUAACGCUUUGACGACGAUGACUUGUGCUCUUCUGGAACCCGGUUUGACGCCACUUCGUCUUCGAUCGGACUGUUUUGAGGUGUAAUCUAGGAGGUAUCAUCUGUGUUUUUUGAUCUUGACUACCUUGGGGAUCAAGUUAUUUUGGCUAGUCUGGUGCGGCGGCUGCCAUGGUGAGGAGGGGAGGGCGAAAGGGGCUUCUCUGGGGUACUGCGGUGUUCUUGCUGCUUCUUGGGUUUGUGAGACCCUUCGUGGCUCUGAGGCCUCUCAAGGAGAGGGUUUCGUCUGCCGCCGAUUCUUGGGGUGAAGAGCAGCUUUUCCUUAGGAGAGAUGAAAAUGAUUUGAUUUCGUAUUCUGCCUGGAAUAUUACUGGGACUUAUAGAGGAAGGUGGAGCUUUUUAGAUGCUACAAAUGGUUCCACUAGGUUUCUAGAUUUUGGUAAGUCUAGUGGUGUAUCAGUUGUGGAGUUGGUGAGUAGUCCAACAAGAAUACAUGGUGUCCAUUACAUUCAGGGAGCAGUUACAUUCCAUGAUGUAUUUGACAAUGAGCAUGAUCAUGGAGUUGCUCAGAUGAGACUUGAAGGUGUAUAUAUUUGGCCUUUUCAAAAGCUUCGGAUGGUAGCAAACAGUGUUGCAAAUGAUGAAUCAAUUCAAGAGGAAGAUUACUUCUUCUCCAAUCCAUAUAAUCUGCUUGGAGUCUUCUCUUCACAAGUUUUUCAAGAAUCUACUCUAGAUAAAAUCCGAAGAAAUAAAUCUCUCACUUAUGACAUGGAGAAGCACUGUCACGUAGAGAUAGCUGCCCAGGUUUCACGUAUCUCGUCUAACCAAAAUGAUGGGAAUCAUGAUCUUUACCAUCUAGAGGGGUUAAUGGAGGGUCCAGCUACAGAUGGUGAUGGAGAGUGCUUCUCCUCCAUUUUGUUAAAUGCAACUUCUGUGAAUAUUGAGGUCUACUACAACAAAGCAGUUAACUAUACAUUGAUGGUUACUUUUAUAUCAUUUCUCCAAGUUCUUCUGCUGAUUAGACAAAUGGAGCAUAGCAAUACUCAAUCUGGUGCUGCUAAAGUUUCUAUUAUAAUGAUUGGACAACAAGCUGUUAUGGAUGCAUAUCUGUGCCUUCUGAAUUUAACUGCUGGAAUAUUAGUAGAGUCCCUAUUCAAUGCUUUUGCGACAGCAGCUUUCUUCAAGUUUGUUGUUUUUUCGAUUUUCGAGAUGAGAUAUCUUCUUGCUAUAUGGAAGGCAAGUAGACCUAUGCAUAAUGGUGAAAACUGGGAAACUAUGAGGCGUGAGCUAUCUGUUCUUUAUAGCCGUUUCUAUGGCAUUCUUUUAGGAGGCAUUCUGGUACUGUACCAAAUGCACAAUUUCUUGCGUCCUAUUCUCCUCAUUAUGUAUUCAUUUUGGAUACCACAAAUAGUAACUAAUGUUAUUCGGGAUACAAGAAAACCCCUGCACCCACAUUAUAUAGUCGGGAUGACUCUCACUCGCCUUGCUAUACCAUUGUACAUGUUUGGUUGCCCAAGCAACUUUCUGCGUAUUGAGGUUGAUGAAUAUUGGUGCAUAUAUUUGGGAGUAUUUAUGGGUUUGCAAGCAUCAGUUCUACUACUGCAGCAUUAUCUUGGAUCCCGAUGCUUCAUUCCUCGACAGAUCCUCCCUGAAAAAUAUUGCUAUUAUAGAAAAUUUGAGAAUGCGUCUCAAGAGACAGAUUGUGUCAUUUGCAUGACUGCCAUUGACUUCACACAGCAUUCGAAUGGCUAUAUGGUGACACCUUGUGAUCAUUGCUUCCACUCUGGAUGCUUACAGAGAUGGAUGGAUAUAAAGAUGGAAUGCCCAACUUGCAGGCGCUCUCUGCCCCCAGCAUAGAACUCGCGCUGUUCCGUGUCAUAGUCAGGACCAAAUACAUUGCUCAAGUUGCAAGGAACUUAUGAUUUAUGGUUGUAGAUGUGGCAAAAGCUCCACUGUAAAUGGUUUUCUUACCUGACCAAGUUUUUAUUUCAGGUUCCAUGAGUAACUCUCAGAUCUUGCAUGACAUCAUCCUGUGGACCAGUUGGCAAAUGAGGCCUUCCUCCUGUAUGUAACAAUAAGAAUGUGGAAAACAGAGCCAUUAUUUCCAUUGGAAAAAGGAAAAAAAAAUUAAGAAAUGUAGCAGUGUGUAGUCCAACUAUAGAGCAGAGAGAGACAGACAGAGAGACAGAGAGAGAGCUAAAUUAUAUGUGCAUUUAUUUUCUAAAGUUUACUGUUGAAGACUUGGAAGAUCAAGAUUAUGGUUAGCCCCCUGAAAUGUACAGAUCUUUCACCAUGGUGUCAAAGAUAAUUGUAUGACAUCUUUUUUCCCUUGUCAUCAUGAUAUUGUUCAAUUAUAUACAACAUUGCUCUGACUCCCUUUUAAAAUUCAGUAAAUUUACAACUUUUCGAAGGCCA